AAGCCAAAGCAACAAGAUCAUCUCAAUCCAUCUUUCCAUGCUGUUUGACAUUCCUAAUACUGCGAAAGCUACCCUUAAUAGUGUAUUAUAAAAUGCACUACCAAUGAUGUAUGUCUMAGACAAYAUUUCAAGUCUGACGUCUAGCUAACAAAACGUUUUCUCUCAAUUCAAGAGUGUUUCCAAGCAACGAAGUAUGUCUCUAUAAACUCGGUUUUAAUCCAUCAAGAAUUUUGUGUGAAAAGAUUACAACUUUAUGAAAGGAGCUCAGAUGGCUUAGUGUAAUAACUGAGAUUUGGAUGGAAAAGGAUCUUUCGCGUAUUAAGCUUCCUCAUAUCCGACCAACUGUGCGUCAGACAUCAUUGCUCGCCAGUUCAGACGAAARGAGACUUGGAAAUGUUGACUUUGAUGUCCAAAAUCUUAAGAAUUCGAAUCAAAGUUCGACUCACGAGAGACCGAUUCACUGGAAAUCGGCACAGUUUUCUUUGGACAUAGAUGUAAGAAGAGACAAUAGAAGCUUUGGAAGACRYAGAAGGUCCACUUUGGAAUCAUCWUUGAAAAGAAAUGGAACAAGUGAUCAUGAUCAAACGUUCCAGAGUGAAAGAACGUUUACUUUACCUCUUAGGAAGCAUAACUCUGAGCCUUCUUUACAGCAGGACAAUAAUCCAUUUACUGUGAAGGCUAAAYCUUUGAAACUGAAUUAUAGAGUAAAAGAAAAAACUAAUAAUGAGAAGAAGUUAUUUGAUGAUUUGCUGCCGUCCGUGUUUUUUGAUACAAACAUUGCACAUAAAGAGGACGAGCAACGAGGUAAUAUUUCUAAAGAUAAGAAGAAGAAAAUAAAAAGCAAAGUUUUCGAGGAAAAUAAACGAAAUAUGGCUAAAGAAAGAGGCUGUAGCCAAACUCAAGCAUUUAAAGAACCUAUUUACAGCAACAAAUAUCGCCAAAAAGUCAAAGAAAGUGUCACUGAUCAAGAUGUCCUACGUAAACCUCGCAAAAUUUUGCCAAAGAGACGUUUAUCAGAACAAAUUGAUGCUUACGAAGUUAAUCGUGGUGAGGACCGUGCUUUWCCUCGCCGAAUAACAAUAAGAACUUCAAAAUCCUGUCCAACUAUUGUCAUUCACGAAUGUGGUGAGAGCGAUGAAACCACAGACGAAACAUGUYGUGCAGACAAUGGUAAUGCGGGUAAUGAUUCUAAAGAAAUGGUUAGUGUACAUGUACAAAUGAAUGGAUGCCAAAGUUUGAAUAACGAUACCACUUCUUUUGUUUCUUGUUGGAGACCAAGAGAAAGCAUUGCGAACAAGAAAUAAAUGCCGGGAAUAAAUGCAACUGAAAAUAAUUCAGGAGACAAGAAUAUCGACAUAACAUGCUGUCAUAGGGUGACACUAUGCGACACUGUGCGAAGRAUAACUCUUGCUUGAUAAUGAUUGACAAAGACUGCACUUCUAUUGUGUCUUGCUGAAGAACCAAAACAGAAAAAAGAAGAGAUGGAAAUUGGAAAACAAAAAAAAAUCAAAAUAUGCAUGUACUCAUACACUAUAUUCCAAAAUGCCACCCUUUGUUCAAUUAGCCCUUGUUUUCUCACUCUCAUAAAAGUUUUCUUUUGUCUUUGAGCUUCAGUGACUUUAAAAAGAAAAGAACAAUGUCAUGAAAACGAGACAUCAAGGGCUAGUCAGUCAUUUUGGAAUAAGGUGUAUAGGGCUAAUGCAAUGGAAAAUAACUAUUGACAGUCUGUGAAAACUUAUCAUAACACAAUGAUUCUUUUGAUUGGGUUUAUUUUUUUUUUUUUUUUUGAUAGAGAUCGAAAGAAAAAAGUUUUGGGAUCAGAAGGUAAAUAAAUUAAUAUAUCGGUGACCAAAAGUUUCCUGAAACAGAUGCAGGUAUAGCCUAGCUUCUUUUGCACCUGUGUAAGAUGGCUUGAAGUGCCUUGAUUGCAUCAUGGUUGCURGGACACUGACAACUCUUCAUUUUGAUGCAGGUGAAUUUUUGUGGUUGUCGUWCCAUACUCAAUUCAAUCACGCAGUUAUGCUGUUUGAUACUAAGAGAACAUUGCCACAUACAACUGUUACGCAGCCGUUGUCACAUUAAUAUUGGACAGUUGUGAUUCAGUGGGGAAGGAACUCAUCCAAUACACAAAAAGACGGGCUGAUCUUGGCUCAGUACAGUCAACUUCAUCAAGUUGAUUGUAUUGUGUUUGCAGAGACAAGCGAUUAAGUCCUUUGGUACUUGGAAACCCAGACACGCUUCUUUAAUAUUUGCGACCCAUCAAUGUCAAUGACUGCAACUUAUGUGGCGUCAUCRUUGCUAGAGUGAUGCUUUCAUAUUUGGACUACAUAAAUCAGUGCUGUUUGAGUCGAGAAACAGGCGAUGCGACGAUCUCUUAUUUACCAUAAACUAUAACACUGGCAAUUCAUUGAGGCAUUGGCACUUUCCAAGAGCUAUGUACAAGUUCAACUGCUGCAACUUUUGUUAUGUCAUCAUCAUAUAAGAGGUGCUUUCGCGUUUCAUCUCAAACGUAAACUUCCCUUGAGCAAGCAGCUAAUUCAGCGCUAAAAUUGUACAGAUUUUUCAGCAGCAGUCAGCACCAGCAAUCCAGCUAUUUGCAAGUGUAAUACCUUUGACAACUCGAGUUGUACAAGCUGUAAAUAUUCAAGUUACUCUUUCCAGCAGUGCUUCCAAGUUUCAGMAGUAAGUCAAUACCAUUAUUGCGGGUGCAGUUCAACGUAUUCAGAGCUAAAAUCGUUCAGAUUUUCCUAAAGCUUUUGCUUUACCUUCAAACAACAGUUUCAGUGAUAUAGUCAAAGAUAUCGAGGAAUAUUUUCCUAUCUUCAAAAGCGAGUGAAUGCAUUACAGCGCAAGAAUGAGUAAUACACAAACUUUAAAGAAGCGUUUGGAUAUGAUCAUGUCGAGGGAAAAACCGAAAAGAAAAACUUCAUCAGCAAAAACACGUAACCUUGGAAUGCCUAAAAACUUUAAUGGACGACCAAUACGGACUUCACACUAUCCGAACAAUGACAUUAUGUCUCAGCUUGACAGCGAUAAAAGCAAAUGUAGUCAUUCUUUGAGUCUAGAACCAAAAUGGCGCGAGAGAACUUCGACUUCCCGUCAAGCAUUGCAGGAUACAAACUCUUCGGGAAGCUUGUUUAUGUUUAAAAAAUCAUCAUUAAGUAGCAAUGAACAUGGCAUGAACUUUGCAAGACUGAAUGUUGCAGAAAGUCUUCAUAUUUCAGCUUUAAAAGAAGAAGAGCGAAGAGGACGAAUCAUUCUGACGUCCAGAGAAAACCUCGUACAAGAAGAGCAUUUCCUGCCUGGUUUGAAAUUCACGGAUGURAAUCUUCGCUUGAAUUCCUCGGCGAUUAAUAAUUUAAAACUUAAGCAGGCAUUCAAGACAAAGGACUGUAAAAUAAGCUGUUCAAAGAAAAUGAUUGAAAUACGAAUUCCAUCAAUGAGUCCAGGAGGCGUAGAGGAACAACACCCGAAAAUUAGAAAACUUCAACCGCAUUUUUUAUAUCGACAUAAAAAUAUUUGAACUAUAGAUUAAUUGUAUGAGGAAGUAGCUGAUCCCAUUAAAGAGUGCUCA